CGGACGACAAGCCUCCACCUAGAAAAGUUGAAUAAAAGAGAGAGGCAAAGAAAGAGAAACGAAAGCCAAAGAAAGAAGGAAAGAAAGAACUCAUAAAGCAGAAAUCUAUGAGAUGACAUGCGUCUUUUGGUAAAGUGCUCUCUUCUUUAUAGGCCGCAUCAUCUCACCCUUCCGUGAAAAUUACAGGCAUCCUUCUCCUCCUCUCCCUCUCUCUUAUUCCACCCCAGCUUCAGCUGCCGAAAUAGGGUGAUAGAAGGGGGACUGGGGAUAUAUAAAAAAUGUGGAUUAAUUAAUUCGGGAUAAACUUAGAAUAGGUGGGUUAUAGAGAGGAACCGAGCGGAGAAAAAGAAAGGAGAGGGGAGAUGGAGAGGGUUUUCUCAGUGGACGGGAUAUCCGACUCGUUCUGGGCUCCCUCCCCCGGCGGCCCGGGGCUGCUGCCGCCGGACGCCACCGACGGCGGGCCUCGUGGCGCGUUGAAUCGGAGCCCCUCAGAGUGGUACUUCGAGAAGUUCCUGGAGGUCGCCGAGGAGGCCGCUGUCCCCAGCACCACUUCCCCGGUCCCUCCUAACCCUAACCCCGACCCUAAUUCCAACCCUAAUUGUAACCCUAGCCUCUCUCCUGCCUCCGUUGUUGCUUCUAACAGUUAUGAUGGUGGGAGGAAAGAUGGGGGGAGAGGGGAAGAUGACGAGGUGAUCCAGAUCAAGGCGCCCACCGUCCUUGCCGCCGCCGCUGCCGUGAUCCAGCGUGGGCCGUCCGAUCCGCCUGCGGAUGUUGAUCCUGUGCUUCUAAAGCAGCAGCUUGAUAUGUACUGUGCGGCAGUUGCCAUGUCUCGGGGUUCUGGUGUAAAUCCACAGGAUUCUUCUUCUUUAACUGAUAUUAAAUCGCAGUCUUUGGAUGCUUCAGAGCUAGGAUCUCAAGCUCCUGCCAAAGGAAACAAUUCUAAGGUGCAAGCAGGUAGUGGACCAAGUGGAGGUCCAGCUCCUACCGUCAUGCAGAACUUAGGUGUCCAAGGGAGGCUAACUACCAGUGGAUCAUCAGGAGAGCAGUCGGAUGAUGAGGAACUUGAAGAAGUGGAAACAACAGAAAAUACAGACCCUGCUGAUGCAAAGCGUGUGAGGAGGAUGCUUUCAAAUCGAGAAUCGGCAAGACGUUCGAGGAGGAGAAAGCAAGCACAUUUGAAUGAGCUCGAGGCACAGGUCUCACAAUUAAGACUUGAAAACUCAUCGUUGUUAAAGCGUCUUACUGAUAUCGACCAAAAGUACAAUGAUGCUGCUGUGGAUAAUAGGAUACUAAAAGCAGAUGUAGAGACUCUGAGAGCUAAGGUGAAGAUGGCAGAGCACACCGUAAAGAGAGUAACUGGUAUGAGUCCUUUGCACCCGAACAUCUCCGACGUAUCAACAAUCAGCAUGCCUUUCAGUGGGAGUCCACCUGAUGCAACAUCUGAUGUUGCUAUUCCUAUCCAAGAUGACCCAAACCACUUCUUCCAGCCACCGCCACAUGACCAAAGAAUCAAUACGUGUCUCCCGGAGUUUGCCCCUGCUCCUCCAGUCGGGGAUGCUAUGCGUGGCGCUGUGGCUGGUGAGAAGAUGGGUAGGACCGCUUCGAUCCAAUAGGUGGCUAGUCUUGAGCACCUCCACUGAUCAUUGGGAUGCUGCUGCACGGGUUCCUGAGAGCUCUGUCAACAGCAAACAAAACCAGGUAUAAAGAAAUUCUGAAACUGCCUACUGUUGAUGUUGUCAACUUUCUGUGCAUUGUAAAGGAAAUCUAUCUGAUUCUUAUUUUGGAUGCUACGUAUUGGCACCAUCAGUAGUAUGUCUAUCUAAUGAACGGUGUUGUUCUCUUUAACAUCUUUGAUACUUGUAUUAAGAAAUUUUCGUACUUGAUGCCAAGCAGAACCUUGAUUAAUACAUGUCAUCCUAAAGUUGAUGCAGAGGAGUACUGUGUAUAAAUUUGGUCUUAACCCACUUUAUACAUGGAAUAAAAGUUGCUUUAAAAGCA